AGCAUUGCAUGGCGAUGUUGCCUGAGCGAAGGAACGAUGUAGCACCAUUCCCGUCGUUUGUUUGUGUGUUUUGAGAGGAUAUAUGCACGUGAAAUUGUACAUAUGUGGAUAUUAAACUACAACAGGACUAAGCGGUUACGUGGAUUGCAAGGGUAGCGCAAAAUGGCGAACUGCAUAGCUGAUAAACUGACCAGCGUUUCGUCGUGGAUGGGGAUUUACUUGAGUCUACAAACGGCCCUUUCGUUAGUUGGAGCCACAGUCCCUCACUUCAGUCAGUUUUACUUUACCGUGGAGCCACAUGACCUGAUCGUGAAGAAGGGCUCCAAGUCCCUCCUCAACUGCUCCGCCUACCACGGGGAGUCCACCCCAAACAUACAGUGGAUGAAAGAUAGCAACUACUUAAAUUUUGAAAAUUCAGAUAGGAGUUUAUUAGCAAAUGGAUCUUUAUAUUUUGACCAAAUCCAGCAUUCUAAAACUUCCCAUCCAACUGACAAGGGCACGUAUCAGUGUACCGCCACCGUCGACGGGUUUGGAACCAUUGUCAGUCGAAAAGCUGAUCUUGAUAUUGCAUACUUGUCGAAACAUUUUAUAAAAGAGCCCCAGGACUUGGUCGUGUAUCUUGGCGAUACAGCCAUGUUUUCUUGUGAGAUAGUAGGGGUGCCACACCCUAAAGUGAGGUGGAUAAAAGACGGGAGGGAACUCGCAAAGGCGGACAAUAUAUACCAGUAUGACGAUGGUAUUUUAGAAAUAUAUCCCGUGAGAUUCGCUGACUUUGGGGCAUAUAGCUGUGAGGCUAAAAAUAUGGAGCGUUCUCGAACGAGUCGAGUAGCAUCAUUACGUCAGAACCCAAACACAAAUAUAGAAGAAGGCGUGGCUCCUAAAUUUGUGAUGAAACCUAAAGAUCAUCGAGAAGGACUGGCUGAAGGAUGGAGUCACCAUUGCUUUAGCAAACACAAAGAGUGCGAGGAUAAAGAGGAUGAUGAUGAUGAUGGUUAUUGUGUGAUGAUGAUGGCUGUGAACCAGGAGGAUAAAGUAUUGGUGGCAGCAGACACCAUGCUAGCAGUAUUAGUCCCUCCAAGAUUUGUGAAGAGACCGGCCAACGUGUUUGCUCACACCAAUUCGGACGUCAAAUUUGAAUGCAAUAUUUACGGAGUGCCUAAUCCCACAAUCACAUGGCUGAAAAAUGGCGAUGUUCUCUUCCCAAGCGACUAUUUCCAAAUAGUUGAUGGCAAAGACUUAAAAAUCCUCGGACUUGUAAAUUCAGACGAUGGUAUUUAUCAGUGUUUUGGCGAAAAUGACCUCGGCAACGUUCAGGCAAGCGCACAGCUUGUCAUUCUGCAACCAGACGUCCCCCUCCCCACAACCCCUUCUCUGUACCCCCUCAUUCAUCCAGGAGCCCUUCACGCCGACGCCAAGAACCUCCCCACCGAGCCCAUCAACCUCCGAGCCGUCCUGGUGUCCACCAGAUUCGUCACAUUGUCAUGGCAGCCGCCAGCAGGGAGCAUUCCGUCGGACAUCAUCGCCUACUCCGUGUUUUGGCAGGAAAAAGGGUCAGAAAGAGAGCGUGUGACGAACACGACAACUACAGAGGCCAACAUCCAGCACCUGAAGCCACACACGGAGUACGAGUACCGCGUGAUAGCGUACAACAGGUUCGGAGCCAGUAGACAGGAGGCCAGGAUCACAGUCACAACUGACCAAGAAGUGCAUGUUCCUAGCCCGCCUGUCAACCUCCGAGCCAUGGCCAUGACCCCGACCUCCAUCCGGGUCAACUGGAAUCCACCAGUCGAGAGCAAGGGCCGGAUCUCACACUACGUUCUCAUCUACUACGAGGUCGGCUCCGACUCUGAGAAGGAAGUAUCUGUGUACAGCACGGAGCAUGUCCUGAAAAAACUCAAGAAGUUCCGAGAGUACAGUCUACGAGUGGUGGCGCACAACCAAAACGGUCCUGGUAUGAGUACCGAAGAAUUUGUGUCCAAGACAUUUUCAGACGAACCUAGCGCAGCGCCCCAGAACUUCACCUUGGAGGUGUCUAGUGCCACGCGGAUCAUUGUCCGAUGGGAACCGCCUGCCUUGGACAACCGGAACGGAAUCAUCACCGGCUACAAGAUACGCUACAAGCGGCGCGGAACCAAGCAGGGAAAGACUGUCACCACGGACGGAAACCGAAACAACUAUGCUCUCACAGAGCUUCGUAAGGGUACGGAAUACCAGGUGAGGAUCUCCGCCUUGACUGUCAACGGGUCUGGUCCAGCCACAUCCUGGGAACAUGCGACCACCUACCGAGAUGACCUGUUAGAAAACCAAGUACCUCCUCGUCCUGCUCGAUUGUCUGUGAAGCCUCGUGCUAACUCGAUCAUUGUCACGUGGGCACCUCCGCCAUCAGACUCGAAGAUUCUGGUUCGAGGCUAUGUGUUGGGAUAUGGCAAGAAUCUACCCGAUGUUUACCGCUCAACGGUCGAUGCCAACACUCACGACUAUACAAUACAAAAUCUCCAGCCGGUGUCGGAGUACGUGAUAUCUAUACGAGCAUUCAACAAGGAGGGGGAAGGAGAAGUCAAAUACGAGACCGUCACCACCAUGGAGGAGACAACAGAGGAACCCGCCACGCCAAUGAUGCCCCCGAUUGGUCUCAAGGCCAUCGUGUUGUCUCCGUCCACCAUUGUGUUGACGUGGGCCGAUAACACCCUCGGCAAGAGUCAGAAGAUAACUGAUAACAGGUACUACACUGUGCGAUACACGCCUCUACCGAGCCACAACCGUCGGCCGAGGCAGCUCAACUCCACUGAUCUCAACGCCCAUGUUGAUGGGCUCAAGCCAAACACACAGUAUGAGUUCUCGGUCAAGGUCAUCAAAGGUCGCAGGCAGAGCACGUGGAGCAUGAGUGUUGUGAAUACAACACAAGAAUCAGCACCCGGGUCUGAGCCAAGAGACUUAACCCCAGUGGCCGUGGAGGGCAACCCCCUUGCUGUCACACUCAACUGGCAACCCCCCCAGAAACCCAACGGUUUAAUCACAGGGUACCUGAUAUUUUACACAACAGACUCCAACCAGGCAGACAGAGACUGGGUCCUAGAGGGUGUGGUUGGAGACAAGCUGUCCACGGUCAUCAGUGACCUGACACCGGACACCACCUACUACUUUAAGGUCCAGGCUCGGAAUCGCAAAGGCUACGGACCUAUGUCGGAAACCAAGAUCUACAAAACACCAAAAAUUGACCAAGCAGCAAUGACGGAUUCUGACGAACAGGGCGGCUUGUCCAUGAACAUCAUCAUUAUCAUCAUCGCGGUUGCCGUGGGAAUAAUCUUCUGCAUCAUCAUCAUCGUGGUCAGUGUUCUGCUGUGCAAGAAACGUGACGCUCAGCGCCAGGACAUCAGAAGACGAGAGUCUACAAGUCCCCCGAACAAGCCAUUGAAGGGGAUCCCGAAGGACGUGAAGCCUCCGGACCUGUGGAUCCAUCAACCCAACCACAUGGAGAUGGGGAAGAUGGACAAGUCCCAGCGUAGCGAGUCCAACAUGUCCGUCGCCACCAGCACGCUACGGCGGUCGUCGCGCGGCUCCUCCGACCGGCUGGACGAGUUCCCUCCAGGGCUGGACAUUAUGGACAAGCGGAGAAACUCUUUUGUCGGAGAGAGUGGGUACCCCUCAAGUGGGGAGGAAAGGUACCAGCCAGCACAUCAGAGGAGCAUCGUCCGUCCGAAACCCAUCACCAUUCCCGUGGAUGCACAGCCGCUUCAGAAAGAACCGGUUGCCACGGUAACAGCAUUACCAAAUGGUCACAUCACCCAAAUGAUUGACCCUCGAGAUGUCGGAGGUCACCCGAUGCGACCUGUGUACCCUCGAACCCAGUACAACACGCAGUACACCUCAACGCGCCGCGUCAACGCUGGGGACAUACCACAGUCAAGCUCAACUAAAGCCAUGUCAUCAUUGAGCGAAGACGAGUGUGUGGGCUAUCCCCCUGACGUGUUUGAAGACUCCUACGCCAGUAGAAUAGGCUAUGUUAAACCACAGCCUAAUCUAAGUCCUUACAAGAAGCCCACUCCACCAAUCACCGCUGGACCCAUCAAGUCUCGGUCACCGCUUCCACUGAUUACUUCCAAAGCGCCCGACGUGACGCUCAAAGCGGGCAAAACUGGCAAAGAAGACAAUGGGAUGGAGAAAUCUCUGAUCUUCAUGGGGGACAACAUGGAGUUCAGUGCAACGGUUGUGGAGGCCUUGGAUGAAUAUUUCCAUGAGCUUGACGGUCCCAAAAAUAUGUCGAAGCUUUAA